AUGGUAGGCAGUACCUAUGAUGUCGUGAUACUGAGUUCGAGUCCGCCAGCGAUUUCCCCGCAGCGCAAUGCCCCUUCACGUCGCGUCGCAGUACCCGCAUCCUCACCCCUGGUACUCUCUCGUCCUACAAGUCCACUGAGAUCAACAACCGGCGCGUCGACCACCAACCCUAGAGCUGUCCCUAUCCCUGAGGGUGCACUCAGGGGAUUUGCCACCGUUGGUAAUCUGGUACGAUCCGAACACUUUACAAGCCGGCUAGACGACGACUUUACGGCGAUACAAGAAGCGCGAUUGCAGAAGGAUACAGUAGAUGUUGUAGAGAACAUUGAGAAGCCUCGCAAGCGGUCUACGGAGAAGUCCAUUGCUGCUACAGAUGAAUCUGAGAAGCCUAAGCCUAAGCCUCGAGCGCGCAAGCAGAAACCCAAGUCAGACAAAGAGAUUCUCGACUCAGAUGACGAACUACGACGUCCACAGCGAUCUACAAAGUCGCCUUUCUUCAACGACGAACCUUCCAAGUCCGCCAUCAACCCCCCAAGUGAGACUACGGAUGCGCCGAAUCUCACCAAAUCGGGGAAGCCACGCAAGCCGCGUGCUAAGAAACAGAAGGCCGAAGGAGAGGCUGUGGAGCCUGUCGUGAAACCAAAGAGAACGAGAGUCACAAAAUCUAAGAAGACAGCCGUGAAGAGUGGCAACGAACAACCCAAUGACGUAUCCGUCGUCUCUGCGCAUUUUCAAACGGGGGUAGACAAGGAUGACGGUUCGAAAUCAGUGUCAGGUCAGAAGUCGGUAGAGAUAAAAGACAGUUCAGGUGGUCAUUCUGCAUCUAUAUUGGAUGUCCCAGAUAGUCCACAGUCUAAGAAUGUCGCUUCACUCGAACAGCGACCACCAACUUCUGAUGCAGAGCCACUAGAGCUGGAACAAGCUCUAGUGCGAAGGCAAGAUUGGACGCCUCCUCGCGACACGACCACAACAUCGCCAAAUGCAGACUCAACAGGAAAGGAGAAUAUAUCGCUAGCACAGAAUGCUGAGGACAACUUCACAAACCUGCUCUCUAAUUUUGCUUACGCACAAUCACCCUCGGCUCAAACAACUACAAAAGCGGGCUGUUUGGCUGGAGAAGUGAUGGGCACUACGAAAAGAAGACGUAUCGAGCUAGUAGAGAUACCCGGCAACCAGACCAACUCCCGUGAUUCGUCGCCUGAGAAGGGCAAAGCUCCCAAGAAAAAGCCGCGCACCAUCACAGACCUUGUGACAGGACAGUACGGUCAAAGAGAUGAAGAAUCCGACCCGAACAAUGCCUUAGGAAAUUUCUUUGAGCCCCGAACAUCAAUGACUGCGAUGCCAUUAAACGAUAUGGCUGCAUCGGGUACCAAUUCACCCCAGAAGAAAUUGCCGCGUAAGCGUAAUAGCCCAAAGGCGCCAGCUGAGAAAGGCGAGCCGAAGGCGAAGUCGAAACCCAAGAGAGUAUCGGCCAAAUCUACUACUAAACCCAAGCUUGUCGCCGAGAAGUUGCUCAGCCCUGCUGCGGCAAUCUCACGACUGAACCAACAGGAUGUGCUUUUUGGUACAUCAAGUCAACUGGCAUUGGAAGAAUCCCCAACAAUGAUCCGACAAAUCCAGUUCGCGAUCAAGGAGUCAGAACAGGAUGCAGAUAGGGCCGACAACUGUUCUUUUGUCGCGCCUUCAGCAUGGUCUAGACUCACCAAAGUCAAAGGCCAGAAAGCCUUAUGGGCUGUCAGUGCGCGAGAUGAUGACGGUGGCAUGUUAGAGCAUAUGCAAGAUGUGCGUAUUCCCGAGCCUGACCGAACGCAAGACAUCCCACUGCUAAUGGAUGUCAUUCAUGACAAGCCUGAUGGUGCCCGGAAUGAUCCUGUCGGCCCAUCGUUGUUCAUUGAUAUUGAUGACAUACCUCAAGACCCUCCUCCACCCAUUACCAUCUCGUCUGAUAUACCGACACCUCCUUCCCACUCCUCAAACACCCCUCAACUGCAGGAUUCGAGAAUAGAAAACUUUACCACAAACGAGUUGGAUUUCAAAGAUAUCGAUGCCUUCGAAUCAGAGCCACCACCCUCAAAUCAGAAUGCAGAAUCUCAACAUACUUUUGUUGAAAUUGACGAGUUCGACUUACCACCUUCGGCACAACUGCAGUAUAGUCCCGCAACUAAAUUGAGGCCGCCUGCAUCUGCGUCAAGAACGGGUUAUGGAUCGCCCAAGAAACGUGGUAGAAAGCCAAAGUCGCAGUCUACUGUUUCUAAAGUCUCUAUGUCUUCGAAUCCGAUAUUGAAACCAUCAUCCUUGGAACCUAGGGCAAAGCCGAAAGAGAAGGGUGCAGUGCCUUCUACUCCGCUCAGGGAACCAAGUCGGUUCAUCGAUAUCGACGAGAUUCUUGACUCGGAAGACGACGCCCUCGAAGCAUUGUCUCCCACACCACCACGGGUCUACAAACACAUUGAUCCAGAGCCUUUGCCACUGAUCUCGCUCUCACCUACUACAUCGCCCAGCAAGACUACCGCAGGUACCAGCUUCAAAUCCAAACAGGGGCCAUUAUCUGAUGCAAACCUGACUCCGGUGCACUGCAUACCAACCAAGAUGCUAGAGUGGGUCCAUAUCAAAUCCGACAUCUUUGCACAAAUUACAACGCACAUCCGCUCCUUACCCCCAACUAGAGAUCCCACAAAACCUACGUGGCACGAGAAAAUUCUUAUGUACGACCCCAUUGUCCUUGAAGAUUUCACCGGCUACCUCAACGAUUGUACCAGCAUCCGUUUGUUCAAAAAGGCCACGCAAAAGCAAAUCAAGGCAUGGAACCAGCAGCGAAAAGUUGAUGGUGAACCCAUUCUAGUGGUUGAAAAAGGUUGCGAAGAAGACGUACUGGCUGUAACGAAAGAGCUCGAGACACAAAUGGUCCAGAGUUGGUGUGAGAGUCUAAGCAUAUGCUGCGUAUGGGGUGAAGGAAGGGGAAAGAGCGGAGUGCGUAAGGGACUGUAUUAG